AUGUAUAAAGCCAUACCUUGCAAAAAACAUCCAAUUUUUUUUAUAUAAUGGGUUAGGAUUCUUAAAAAGAAUAUUGAUUUUGGAUGUAUCAAAUGUUUAGAUGAAAUUUAAGAAAAAUCACAUAUAAUUUAUGUACCAGAAGUAAAUUAAUUGAAUAUAUAUAGAUUAUUGAAAACCCAAGUAUUCUAGUACAUCAUAUUCCAGUUGAAGAAUAAUACAAAACCCUUUAUAAAAAUUUGAAUGAUUUUUCAGAGGAAACAUUAGAAAAAUAUUAUGGAUAAUUGGAAAAAUCACUUAAUUAUUUAUGUGAAUAUCUAAAGAAUUUUAUUCAGAAUGGAAGAGCCAGUCUAUAGGAAUUCAAAACGAAAUGUAAAGAAUCCAGAGACUAGCUGUAUUAAGUAUAGAAAAGUUCUAUAUUUUUUUCUAGUAAUUCAAAAUAGAUGAAAUUUACUAAUUAAUUAAUGAAUUUGGUUUAUAAGAUAAUCAAGAUGUUUAGGAUUAAAUAGAAAAAAAAUUGAACGCUAUAAGCGAAAAAGUGAAUGAUGAUUUAAUGAAAGAAUAAAGUAGCAAGAUAAAAACGAUAUUUAAAGAAACUUAAUUAGCAAUAUAUAAGUAAAAUAUUUAAUGAUUUUAGAUUGAAUUUAAAUUGUAAUAAAUAAAUCAGUGAAAUAUCAGUUUAAAUUGAUAGUAAUACAAACCAGUUAAAACAUUACUUUUGUACAUCCUUUAACUCUAUUUAUUCAACAGGAUAAACAUUUAAUCCUUAUAGCAAAAACUAAAACUAAUAAAGCAAUCAAGAAUCUAUAUGGGUAUAAAGUCAAAGCAGUUCAGAAUUUGUUUAAAUAGAAAGAUCCACGUUUUAGUUUUCAGUCAACAAUCUCCCUUAUUAUAGUUCAAGGAUUUUACCACAAUUUUAUUUUGAAUACAUUUUAAAUUAUGCUAGUUAAUGGCAAAAUUGUGCUUUUCAAUGGCAAAAUUAAUAAAUUCUUUUGAAAGCAUAUAGUAUAUUUGAGCCAAAAAAUGAAGAGAUUGUAAGUGGAUAGCAAUUUUGGAAUAAGAAUCCCUAAUAAUAAUAAAAAUAAUCUUUUCAUGCUAUAAAAAGAAGAUAAUGUUCAUCAUCUUUUGAUACUUAAGAUUAAAAUUAUACUAAAUUAAUAAUUUUUAAAUCUAAUAAUAAGGGAAACCCUAUUUUUGGUUAUUUCAGAUCAGAUUCUUUAGAAUUUAUUUUUUCAUAUAAUCAUAAUGAAAUUUAUCCAAUUAAAUAAAUGAAAAAAAAUAUGCAAAACCUUGGUGGUGAUAUAUAAUAAUAUUAAGUCAAAAAUUAAAUUUAUAGUUAGAGUUUUAUAGUCGGGAAUUAUGAUAUGGAAAUACAUGCUAAUUUGAUUGAUGGAAAAUCAAUGUUGGGUCAGGAUUUCAUAUGGGAUAGUUAAAAUAAUGAAAUAGAUCAGAGUGAAUAUUUAUUUGGAGGGGCUAAGCCAAAUAUUCAGUUAUGUGAAGUAUUUUAUUUUUGA